CGCCCGCCACCCUGUUCUAAAAUAAAGGGCCGCCAGGAGGACACCAGUCGGAUCGCACGGUUGCGGUAGGAAUUAGUGGCGCCCUAUCCGCCCUAUCUUCCAGACCGGAGCCAACGGAUGCCAGCCAGAGGAGUCGUGGCUUCAAAAUGUUGGAGAACUUGAGGGACAAGUUACACAGCGUACAGCAAGACUUGAGCUUGAGUCUGAGAAAUCUGACGCUCGGCGAUCUCCCCAAAUCCGGGCCGGGCUGCGAGAGGAAGCUGGUCAACGCCGGAGCAGAACUCCUGCAUCACUACCAAUCCCGCUGGGAGGAGCUGCACGGGUACAACGAGGCAAAUGCCCGGCAGGCCGAAGCGGUGGACGCGCUGACAGCUGGCCUGCACCGACACUGCCAGCAGCAGCUGGCCGGCAUCCAGCAACUCUGCCUGCAGGUCGCCCAGUUGCCCAAGCUUCAGCAGGGGGUCCAGGAACUCAUGAAGACCAUAGGGGAGCUGGAGGGCAUGUUUGAGGAAGUGGAGCUGCGCCUGGUUAGCCUGGAGGACGUGAUCGAGACGCAGGCAUUGCAGGAGCGCCAGCUGGACGAGCGCUUCAAGCUGGCCCUCUACGGCGAGAAGCGUAAGGGACACUUCGAGAGCCUCCAAGAGAAACUGGAGGAUGAUCACCUGCUUAUGGUCCACCAGCUGGAGGAGAGGGAACGGGCGGUGCUGAGGGAGCGUCAGCAGGCCUUCUCCGAGGUCUUCCAGGAGGACCUGGAGGCCUACAGGGCCCAGGGGAGGAUUCAGCGGAUCGAGGCGUGCCCGGAGCAGCAGCGCGUGGACCUGGAAGACAUUGACCUGGAAGGCAGCGAAGAAGAGCAGGAAGCCCUGGACCAGUUCCUGGCAAGCACAACUGCGGAUUGACGCAAGAGAACCGCCCGACGGCAGCCAUGAUCGCAUUACCUUAUAAUGGGUCUUUGAACAUGCAACUACUCUAGGAAACUUUUGGGACGGCAAAUAUACAUUCUAGUCAUACCUGUCGCUCAAGAGCUGAAGAAAAACACUAUGACAUAGGCACACUCAACUCGGAAAAGAUUUUUUCUUUAAAAAAGGAGAAAAGGUUAGCCCAGUGCGUAUUUCUGCUGCUUUCUGGCAAGUACUGCGCUAACAAUGUCGUCCUCCAUUUUUUUUUUUCCCGGGGCAGGUACAUUUUAUGUCCACGUCCUUUUUAGCGGUUAGGACGGGAAAAUAAACUAGUAGACUAUUCCUGAAAUGGGAUGCUCAUGGGCUAUUGAGUAUGUACACCAAAUUUUGCUAUUUUAGAGGUAAUUGCAAUAACGAAUUUAUGAAUGUUGAUGAUUUUGUCUGGCAAGCAGCGAACACUGUUCAAGCGUUCAUCAUAUUUAGUGGACAACUAACCAUUUUCAGCGGAAAUGUAGCAAGUGGGUGUGACUUGGUAGAGAAAUGGAUAAUUUAAGAAAUAUUUUUUUAUUCGAUGGAGCAGAAGCUUACGAUAUUAGACUUCUGGGUCUCGUAAUGUCGAAACGCAGUGUGUGCUGUUUACACGUAUCGGGAUUUGCGUAGCGAUCUUGUACAAUCUCUUUAACAAUUAUAAUGACCUUUUUUGAC